AUGUCCGCCGCUAAGACCGAAGCCCUGAAGCUCAUCAACGAAAAUGGAGUCGUCGUUUUCUCCAAGUCCACCUGCCCUUUCUGCACAGCCACCAAGAAGCUGCUGAAUGAGGUCGGUGCUCAGUACAAGGUCCUCGAGCUGGAUCAGGAGAAGGCUAUUCAAGAUGCGCUGCAGGAAAUCACCGGCCAGCGCACCGUUCCCAACAUCUUUAUUGGCCAGAAGCACAUUGGUGGUAACUCCGAUCUGCAGGCUAUCAAGGAUCAGCUUCCUGCUUUGAUCCAGGCUGCUGGCCCCAAGGCUUAA